GCGGAGCGGGAGGCGGCAGCGGGAGCAGCGGGAGCAGCGGGAGAAGCCGCCAUGGAGCCGGGGGGUCGGCGCGGCCGCCCCGCCGAGGAACCACCGCGCCCCGAGGACGAGGAGGUGGACCCCCGCAUCCAGGGGGAGCUAGAAAAACUGAAUCAAUCUACAGAUGAUAUCAAUCGCAGAGAGACAGAGCUGGAGGAUGCACGCCAGAAGUUCCGCUCUGUCCUGGUUGAAGCAACAGUAAAACUGGAYGAACUGGUCAAGAAGAUUGGAAAAGCUGUAGAAGACUCUAAACCUUACUGGGAAGCUCGGAGGGUGGCCAGGCAGGCACAGCUGGAGGCUCAGAGGGCGACUCAGGACUUUCAGAGGGCCACUGAAGUGCUGCGUGCUGCCAAAGAGACCAUUUCUCUGGCUGAGCAGAGGCUACUGGAAGAUGACAAGCGCCAGUUUGACUCUGCCUGGCAGGAGAUGCUCAACCACGCUACUCAGAGGGUCAUGGAGGCGGAACAGACCAAAACGAGGAGUGAGUUGGUUCAUAAGGAGACUGCAGCCAAAUACAAUGCUGCCAUGGGAAGGAUGAAACAACUGGAGAAGAAGCUGAAAAGAGCCAUCAAUAAAUCAAAACCUUAUUUUGAACUCAAGGCGAAGUACUACAUCCAACUAGAGCAACUGAAGAAAACAGUGGAUGACCUGCAGGCUAAGCUGGCCCUGGCAAAGGGAGAGUAUAAGACUGCCUUGAAAAAUCUGGAGAUGAUCUCAGAUGAGAUCCAUGAGAGGAGAAGGUCCACUGCCAUGGGGCCCCGAGGAUGUGGCGUGGGUGCUGAAGGGAGCAACACCUCCGUGGAAGACCUGUCAGCGAGUAAACCGGAGUCGGACACUGUCUCCAUGGCUUCAGAAGUGUUUGAAGAUGAUAACGGCAGCAGCUUUGUGUCUGAAGAAGAUUCAGAAACUCAGUCGGUGUCCAGCUUCAGCUCCGGUCCCACCAGUCCCUGUGAGGUGCCCACUCAGUUUCCUCCUGCGACACGACCUGGAAGCCUGGAUCUGCCCAGCCCUGUCUCCCUCUCUGAGUUUGGGAUGAUCUUCCCUGUCCUUGGCCCCCGCAGCGAAUGCAGUGGGGCGUCCUCCCCGGAGUGUGAAGCUGAAAGAGGGGAUAGGGCAGAAGGGGCUGAGAACAAGACGAGCGACAGAGCGAACAAGAACAGGAGCAGCASCAGGAGCAGCUCCACUGACGGGCUGGCUCUGGAUAACCGAAUGAAGCAGCUCUCCCUUCAGUGCAUGAAAAUCAAAGAGGGAAUAUAUGCCGGCAGGAAAGCUGCCCAGAUUGGCUGAGUCCUUCUCGUGCCCCGUCCUGAUUAAUGGGAGUCUAAAUAUUUAUACAUGAACUUCUAAGUGUU